UUGUCAACCGCGAUAUUCGAUAUCAUUAUAGGAUUCCCACUAGACCAUGUUGCCAUUUGUUUCGACAACAGGACAGAAAUUGAGUUCGUGGAACACUUGGUCAAACAACUGAAAAACGGAACUGUUUUGAUAACAAUUUUUAACAUCGCCAUUACGGAAAUGCAAGAAAGGGUUAGACGAAAAUUAAUUAUUAUGAACAAAAACGUUCAAAAAGCUAAAUGUUUUCUGUUUCAGUAUUUCGAAUAUUUGUCAUAUCAGACGGAAAAUCAUUUAGAAUCGUACAAUAUCUUUUUUGGAACACAUCGACUAUAUGAACAUUUACUAUUGGAGAUUGCAAGCAGAAACUUCAUCCGACGAAACAUAAUCUAUAUUUUUUACUGGGGUCAGAGUCUAUUUUCGAGAUAUUUUCUGAGAAAUAUAAAAUACUGUAUGAAAAUAUAUGCUAUCACGAAUCCAAGAAAUGAUACAUAUAGACUAUUCUACAGUCAAGCAACGUCACACAGAGAGCAUCAUUUAGAAAUGGUGAAUUGGUGGAACCAUGGAAAAGGUAUAUUCAAUCACCCCACAUUGCCAACAACGAAGUCAGUCUACAAAGAUUUCAAAGGAAAAAUUUUACAUGUCCCAGUUUUACACAGGAGUUCAUUUUUGAAAUCUCAAAACAGAGUGUAUGCUUACUUCGAUCCUCCAGAAAGGACCCAGGGUACAGCGGAUUCAGAAACCGGAUUUUUCAAUGGCAUUAUUGGUAUCGUAUGGAGGAGGGAAGCGGAUCUUUUUCUCGGUGAUGUGGAAAUAACUUACGAAAAGUCAAAUUUUGUGGAAUUUUCAUUUAUAACUUUAGCAGAUAGUGGGGCGUUUGUCACACAUGCUCCUAGUAAACUCAAUGAAGCUCUGGCUCUUUUAAGGCCAUUUCAGUGGCAAGUUUGGCCAGCAAUAGGACUAACCUGUUUUAUUGUGGGACCAGUACUAUACCUCAUCAUCGCUCUACCAAACUUUUGGCAACCCAGAUUCAGAGUCAGAUCUCACUCCAGAAUGUUUUUCGAUUGUACCUGGUUCGCUAUUACCAUCCUGUUGAAGCAGACCGGACGGGAACCAAGUUCCAGCCACAAAUCACGAUUCUUCAUCAUUUUGUUGUCAAUAUCAGCGACCUACGUUAUUAGUGAUAUGUACUCCGCGAAUUUGACUUCACUAUUGGCAAGACCUGGUAGAGAGAAAGCAAUCAAUAAUCUCUAUCAACUGGAACAUGCGAUGGAAACAAGAGAUUUCAAAUUAUUUGUUGAGAAACACGGUUCUUCGUAUGGACUUCUAGAGAAUGGAACUGGUGUCUAUGCAAAUUUGUGGAAUCUGAUGCGAAAAAAACAAGGAAACAACUUUUUGAUAGAAUCUGUUGAAGCGGGAGUCAAAUUGGUCAGACAUUCGACCACUAAUGCAGUUAUGGCUGGUAGAGAAACACUAUUCUUUGAUAUUCAAAGAUUUGGUCCCGGUAAUUUUCACCUUAGCGAGAAGUUGAAUACUGCGUAUUCUGCAAUUGCUUUGCAACUGGGAUGUCCAUAUAUCGAUGAAGUGAACAGAAUGUGAGUUUAUGUGUUCUCUUUUUUCCUAUAA